CGAGGGUUCCUCACAGUCCUUUCGGGAUCACAAGCAAAGAAUCAUCAUGGGGUACAAGCUUUUGGCACUGAUGUGUGUGAUGGCUUGCGCUUGGGCACAGGCGCCCGAGACCAGCGAAGCCAGCACCACCACCACACCCGUCCCCAUCCUGCGGCAGAUCAACGAAGUCAACGAGGACGGGACUUACACCUACGGCUUCGAGGCCGCUGACGGAACCUUCAAGCUGGAGACCCGCGACGAAGAAGGCAACGUCAAGGGCAAGUAUGGGUUCCUGAAUGAGUUCGGAGAGCUCAAGACCGUUGAGUACAGCGCCGGGAACGAAACCGGUUUCUUGCCGACGUCUGACCUUCUGCCCAAGUCUGUUCCUGUGCCGGCGAUCCCCGCUGUUCCCGCAGUUUCCACGGUGCCGCAGCAACAGGUAUCGAACCCCAUUGCCCCUCAACUUCCACAGUUGGCUUCCCUCCCUCUCCUCCCACCCCAACAGUUCAGAAUUGUGCCUCAAGCAACUCAGCGCCCCAUCAACAUCGAACUCGACGGCUUCUCAGAAGACAGAAAUGAAGACGGUUUCGUCGACGGCUCUCCCGAGGAAGCCGCGAAGGGCAAUCCUGUGGUACCCUCACCUCAGUUGACUGCUCAGCAGAUCCAGCAACAGCAGCAAUUCCUAGCUGGCCAACAGAGACUCGUGCCACAGCAGUUUGCAGCUCCUCUGCCUGCCCCACAACAAUUUGUUCCUCAGCAGUUCCCCGCACAGACCUUCCUCCCCCAACAGUUCCCUGGACAACCCUUAGUGCCUCAGCAGGCUGUUGUUCAGCGGGCAUUUCCUCAGCAGUUCAUUCCCCGGCCCUUUGCCCAGUUCCAACAGCUCAGACCUGUAGCCCCGCCACGGCCCGUGAUUACCAAGGCUUAA